AUGGCCUCUGAAAUGCAGAACUCGAAUCCGAUAAUCCUGAAUGCCGCUGAUCUGCCAACUCGGCUACCCAAGGCGCCGCAGAAGCCCUAUGCUUAUGGAACUGAUGUUUUCAGUUCCACUCUUCAGUCGCUUGGGCAGUCGGGCGAUUCCUUCUCCCUGAUUUCACACACAGACUCUGAAGAUGAUAAUGACCUGUCAGAUGAGCCUAUAGACGAACAAGAGAUUUUUGACCUUGUCUCAACCAUAUCUGACCCAGAACAUCCAAUUUCGCUGGGAUCACUAGCUGUUGUCUCACUCGCAGAUAUUCUGAUCAAGCCAUCUCUUCCCCAUGUACCCGGAUCCCCUCUUCGCACUGUCACAGUCCUCAUAACCCCCACAAUCACACACUGUAGCCUGGCUACCGUUAUCGGUCUCGGUGUACGUGUGCGGCUCGAGCAGUCACUUCCGCCCAGGUUCCGUGUGGACGUGCGAAUCAAGGAGGGAACACAUAGUACUGCCGAUGAAGUUAACAAGCAACUUGGUGAUAAGGAAAGAGUGGCAGCUGCACUCGAAAACGGAACGUUGAUGGGUGUUAUCGCCAAGAUGCUGGAAACAUGCCAGUAA